GGUACCUACACAUUUAAUUUAUUUCAUUUCGAGGCUAACUGUUGUAAAAAGAACAUGUAAAAAAAUACAAAGUGUACAAUCAAAAAAAAAAUCGUAGAUAUCUAAAAAAUGGUUCAAGUUACUUUAGAAGACCCAGUUCUAAGAGGGUAUUUUUUGUGCUCAUCUAUUUUAGUUGCUAAAGUUUUGUUCAUGGUGUACUUCACUGGUAGAGCAAGGUUCUCAAAAAAGGUUUUUAUAAAUCCGGAGGAUGUGCCACUCGUAAAAGAUCUUUUCGAUAUAAACGAUGCUGUCUGUAAACACGAUGAUGUAGACGUAGAACGAAUUAGAAGUGCCCAUUUAAAUGAUUUAGAAAACAUCCCUUUGUUCAUAUUUAUUGGAUUCAUUUACGUUUUAACGAAACCAGAUUCCGAAACGGCUUUGAAUAUAUUUAAGACUUAUAUGUGGAGUAGAAUAAUUUACAGCAUAUCUAUCGCAUUAGGACUACCUCGAUCUCUGAAAGAUCAAGCAUGCGUAAUCAGUUACUUGUUGAAGAUUUACAUGACUUUAGUUUGCAUGGUUAAAUUUUAUUAACUACGAACACAAAAUUUUGCAUGUGAUUUUUUUCCAAUUAUUAAUAAAAUACUAGUGUAGGUA